AUGAAAGUGGACUCCAAAGUAGCUAGGGUAGGCUGGUUCGUUGGAAUCGUGGCAAUCAAAAAGUUGCAGCUCAAGCUCAGUCCAGAUACCAGAAACGCUUUCCCGGGAACUCUGGAAUAUGCAGCUGCUCAGUUUGCCAAGUCACCAACGACAGCCCAGAAUGGAGUUUUUAGCGUCAGGACGGUGAGGGCGAGGGACUGGACGGCUCAAAAGCCAAAAGCCUCGGAAUGGCUCGAGAUGCGGGUUCGGUUCCGUGACGAUCGGGAAUCUCAGGACCCGGGCUUGACGGGUUUGACGAGGAAGCAGGUUCGAUUGGUCCGCCUGGCCCGGCUCAACCUCUUAGGACCCCCUCCCACGGACAGGCACAGCCGAGAGAACCAAGCAUCUUUGAUGAUGAUCAUGGCCCGGCCGAAGUUGGGGUCAAAGCUCGGCAAGAGAUCCAAGACAGAAGGCAGCAUGGAAAGAUGGAAAAUCAAACCUAACGUUUGA